UACACCGUGUAUGUAUGUAAGCGAACUUUACAGUAUAUUAUUUAUUUUUAUAAUAUUAAACUUUUAUAGUAGACUUCGUAUAGUAAUGAAGGAUGAAAAAUAUUACACAGUAUCUUGUGGACACUGUAAAAUCUAGUGAAACUACAGCUGUACGAUCAAAUGGUAAUACAAAACCAGAAAAGGGUGAUAAUGGUUCAAAAGAAAAACGUAACCGUGUGAAAAUCAGGAUUUCACGAACAAGUACAAAAGAAAGGGUAUGUGAUAUCAUAGAGACCAACAAUGAUAUGGUCAAUAAAACACCCAGCCCAUAUACUAAAGAAAAGACUGCAGACAAAAAUGCACAUGAAACACCCAAACGAUCUUCAUCAUCAAAGUUAUCAUCAGUAACUCUUAAAAAAAGUGAUAAUAAUGAUCUAGAUUAUUUAUCUUUAGAAACAGGUAAGUGCAAGAAACAAAAUGAUAAAAGUAAUUCUGAGAAUUCAUUAAAACAUGAUAAGAAACGUAAAAAGCAAUUAGAGGAUAAAAAAGAUACAAACAGCAAUACAACUUUGUGUAGUACAUUCAAGAAUAAAGAUCUUAACCUUAUAAAUGUAGUGAAUGUUAAUACUACUGAAGAUGAAUGUAAUCAUGAAGAAUCAAAUGCUUUCCAAAUUCUUAUGAGUCGUAACAAACAAAUUCAAAAUAUUUCACACAUAAAAGUUCUUGAAAAUGAAGAUGUAAAUACUAAAAAAUCUGAAGAAUACAAAGCCAAAUUAAAACGUUCAAAAGAAAGACUAAUAGUUUUAGCAGAUAAAAAAGGAUAUUCUAAAAGAAAACUAUCAGAAAUACAAGAAGGUGGAAAAAUAGAACAUAUUAUUCAAAAUCGUAUUAAAGUCUUCAAAGAAGAUGAGAAAAAAGGCAAUAAUGUAGGUGCAACCAUAUUUAGUCAAACACAGACAUGUGGGAGUUUAUUAAAUUACUUCAGCAAAGCUCCAGUGGAUUUAACGGGUUCAGAUAUCUCAAACAUGUCUACUAUUGUAGUGAAGGCUGAUGUACAUAUGGCAGAAAAUUCUUUUAAACCUAAUGUUUAUACUUUAAAUUCGAACAGCGAGACACAACAAAAUAGGAAAAAUAGAUUGGAUAUGGAAUUUUCUGAAAUAGAUAACAUUAAUGUUAUAGAGUCUGAAAAUAUUAAUACACAUAAUAAAACGAGAAAAUUUGAUCAAUGUGGACACAAUAAGCGCAGGUGGUCCUUACGAAUUAAGCUUCAGAAUUAUGAAGGUGGAAAUUUUGUAUCAGACAACAGUAGUGACGAAGAAAUAUUCUCAUUACAUAAUAAAACUAAAUUAAGCAUAAAAAAUUCCAAAAAAUCUGGAAUAAUUAAAAGUAUAGAUUCAGAAGAGUUAUCUUUAAAAGAUAAAAAUCCAAAAGAAACAUCAAAGCAAGUGAAUGAUCAAACGAAGUUGAAAUACUUAAAGUAUGAGCUAUCAGAAAAUACUAAAUAUAAUAAUUUAAAGCAAAAAAAUAAACUUAUAUCUGAUGAUUACAAGUCCACUUCAGCAGACAGUAAUAAUUUGGAAAAUUGUAUUAAUUCUAGUGUAGAAGACUGCAUACUCAUUAAUGACAGUAAAUUAAAGAAAAAAGCAGCUGAUAAAUUGGCUCCUUUAUUUACAAAACGACAGAAACCUGAUCCAGAAACUACAGCAGCACGGAGAUUAUUUUUGCAACCAGAUAUAACAGAUAAGAGUAAAAAUUUGGUUCAAAAAGUAAAUGUGAAUAGUACACUACCCUUUCCAGUUCUGAGUCACAUUACGCAAUUGAGUAGUUUAAUUUGUAAUCAAACGAACAAUUUUAAUAUUCCAAAGGAACUUUGUGCUCAGUAUACUCCAGUCUUAAAUGUAAGCAAUUACAAGUGUAUAAUGAACUUCUCUGAGGUAAAAUUAGAACCAUUAAAAAACAUCAAACCAAAGGUUCAAGAAGUAUUAGUAGAGAUUGAAAAAUUCUGCACUGAUGCAAGAAAAAUGUGGAAUGCUAUUUCACUUAUUUUUAAAGAAUAUUCUAAUAAACCAUUGUCACCAAAAGUGGGAAGUAAAAAAAAUAAGCAGUUGCAAGAAAGAGAAAGAGUAGCAUGUAAACAUAAUGAAAAUCAAUUUGAAAAUUGCACUUGGACCUCUAAAUAUAGGCCAAAAUUUGUCGAAGACGUAAUUGGAAAUGAAGAAGCUGCUAAAAAAUUAAAAGAAUGGAUAAUUAGGUGGAAAACAUUCACAAAUGAGAAUGUUAGUAGCGGAGAUGAAUUUGAUUCUUCAGACAGCAACUCUGCAAACAUGCAUAAGAAUAAUCAAGUAGCUGUAUUAUUAGGACCAUAUGGAAGUGGUAAAACUGCUAGUGUGUAUGCGGUAGCAGAAGAAUUUGGUUAUACUGUAUUAGAAGUAAAUGCAUCGUCUAGAAGAACUGGAAAAAAACUUUUAAAAGAACUGGAAGAGGCAACUAAAUCACAUCGAAUUAAAAAAGAAACGAGCACAUCUGCUUUUCAUAAUUUAAUUUUAGAUGACAUUGUACCAAAGAAAAUACCACAAAAUUCUCUCAUUCUCAUAGAAGACAUUGAUCUUGUCUUCGAAGAAGAUGAAGGUUUCAUUUCCGCAACAUAUCAAUUAGCAUCAAAUACAAAACGUCCAAUUGUCAUGACAUGUAGAGAUACUUGUCCACACUUAAGUAAAGUAGCACCGCAACAAAACAGAAUAUAUUUUAAACAUGUUACUGGCAGUAGAGUUUUCGCAUUCUUAGAAUUAAUUUCAUUAGCAGAAACUGGUUACAGACUUCCAACUGAUUAUAUAACGGAACUGGUACAAACAGGAGAUUUGCGCAAAGCUAUACUUAAAUUACAGUAUCUAAUGCUAUCUAAUCCAAGACAAAUUUCAGAACAAUCUAUUAUUUUUAACAACUCAUUCUGGCAAAAUAUGCGACAUUAUUUGUAUAAACCAGCAGUGAAAGCAAGUAAAAGACAGAAAGUGGAAAAGAUUGCGGGUGGUGAAGAAACAAAUUACAAUAGACAUAUAUUAGAUGAUGUAGCAAAUAAGUUAGAUAACAUUGUUCUAUUAUCAUCUCUAAUUGACAUAGAAGAUUCGGCUUUAAAUUUAUGGCAAAUAAAAACACAACCCAGUUUGUCUUUAGUUGAAAAUACUGAUUUGUAUUCAGCAUCAAGCAAUAUAUGUUUAGAUAUGGCUGAAUGGAUUAAUAGAAAAGUUAUAUGUAAUAGUCAUUUAAGUGAGUACAAUCGAACUUCGUAUCAAAAUAAUAUUACACGAAAGAAACAACUAAAUAGAGAAAUAAAUGUAACGUUAUCACAUACCACAUCUUUAUUGCUCGAUCGUCAUGUUCUUUCUACAGAUUAUUUUCCAUGUUUAAGAACGAUAUGUAGAGCAGAAGAGUCUAGAUCUAAUAUGAACAACAAAAGAGGAAAUCGAUUCUUUCAUUAUCUUCAUAGUUUAAAAGCACCAUCUGUGUUGCUCAAGUCAAAUAUUUUAGCAGCAGCAUGUAAAAUAAUGCAUGACAAAAAGUAAAUAGUAACACAAGUGAAAGUAGUAUUCUCAUGUAACAACAAACUUUUUUUACCAUUUCUACUAUUACACAUUGUAAG